AUGGCAACUGACUUUGAAAAAAAUGCAUUUAAACCUAAUUUAGGUUUAGGAGGUGCAGCUAUGAGAAAAAUGCAACAAUUAGCAUAAUCUCUUUAUGAAUCAACUCCUGGGCUUUAGGAAGAGAUCCCUAGAAACACAUCGAAGAUCUUGGCAAAUGUUAAGAGAGAGGACAAUAGAGCUGAAGUGAGAGCUAAAACGUUCUUGUAAGAUAGUAGUGCUACAAAUCUCAGAAAGGGAGGCACAAUCGAGAAAAAAGAUUUAAGUAUGUAAACUUGGUUUAACUUAACUUAUUUCUUAGCAAUUGCAAUGAGUGCAGAGGAUUGGGAAACCAAGUAUUUUGAAAUAUUAGAUAAGUUCAAUCACGAAAAGCAUCUAACGGUAAAGCUUAAAGAAAAUAUGAUUAAGAAAUAAGAGAGAUACAUUGAUCGUGAGCAUGAAUACAGGAAAACAAUCAAUCAAAUAGAGCAAUCAAUAUAGGAAAAAUCCACAAAGCCUUUAGAAAUAAUCCAUGAACAUGAUGAAAACUAGCUGCUUCUAAAUGGAGUAGAUCCAUCAGAUUAGAAGUAGCAAGAUCUUAUGGAGAAAGAGAGGAAAUAGAAGCUGAAAAAUGAUUUAUAAAUUAACCCAAAAAAUGUGAAGGCUAUUCAUAAUGUGUAUGAUAAAAUUCAAGAAACUAUUGGAAUGAUUUAAGAAAAUACUGCAAAAGAGUUAUGGAAAUAAAGGUCUGAAAUAAUGUAAACUCUAGAUAAGAAGCUCGAGGAUAUCAAAUAAUAGCUUAGAGCAGAAACAGAAAAGAAGAGAGAGAACUAGUAUGACUUUAAGGAAAAAGAAAAAGAACUAAAUGAGCAUUUAGAGACAAUGACUUAAAUUGCUUAGAAAAUUGACGAUGAAAACAGAAACUUAAUGAAGAAGAACAGCGAUCUCAAGAUCUAGUACAUGAGUCAAGAAAAUGACAGAGAUUUGCUGCUAAAACAAAUCAUCUAUCAAAAGAAGGAGCACUAAAGACUCAGAAGGAUGGUAGAUGAGAAAAAGAAAUAGGCAGAAGAAGUGCAAAAAACUUAAGAUAACACUUUGAACAUGAAUAACUAGACAAAUGCAAAUAAUACUGGUAGCAUUGGAGGAGGGCAAUAUUAGAAUGAAAAUAGUCGUCACCAAAAUUAAAUGGGACAAAAUACCAUGCCUGAUAUCAAGAACCAAAGAGUUUAAAGUGGAUUAUAUGGCAAAAACUAAGGCAGAAUAUCUUAAAAUAAUAUAUCUGGCCUUAACAAUUCAAGAAGGAAUAUUUCAUUGACUGGAGCAAAUAUGUUUGCAGGAAAUAGUAGGCCUAAGACUGCAGCAAUGCCUGGUCUAACAGGUAUCCCACGACCUCCUACAGCUGCCUAUGGUCUAGGAAACAGAAUGGGAACUAAUAUGACUGCUGGUGGUCCUUAUGGAUUAAAUUUUACAGGGUAGAGAGCUAUUAGUGCAGGAUUUAUGCACAAUCCUAGAAUUAAAAGGUACGAGGAUAUUAUCUAAAGGCUUAAGAAGAUGCUGACAAUGGAGAAAAAGAGCUUAAGAAUGGUUAGGACUCUAUGCUCUAAAGAAAUCGAAUCUAAGAAUUAACUUGAGAAGAUACUAAGACAAUGUGUCGAUGAUGUAAAAAAUGAGAUUGCUAAAAAAAGAAGUGAAAAUAAAUCAAUCUACCAUAAGGGAAGAAGAGAAGGAAAUCUUGAUGAAAAAGCACUAACCCAACAGGAAAGAGAAAAGAUAAUAGAGGUGUUACUUUCUUAAGAGAGAGUAUUGACCUUACUUUAUGAUAAAACUUUUCCACCUAGACCAGCAACUGCAAAGGUUGGAUUAAAGAAUGCAUUUUCUGGUUCAGGUCUAUCUGGUGGUGGAGUAUCAAAUCAAAACUUGAGAUAGUUUAAUUACUAUGGUCAAAUAAAUGAGGAUGAGAUUGGUGAAGAAGAUGCCUAGGAGGUUGAGAAACUCGAGAAAGAAAUAGAAGAUGUAUUAAAGAAUAGAAUAAGCACUGCUGAUGGUCUGAAUAGAGGUAGACCUCAUCCAGGCCAAGACGGAAAUAACAUUAUAAAUAUAAGUAAAGGAGACAGUUUCCAGCAGAGAACAUAAAAUGGAGUAAAUGGAGGCAAAAGGAAUUUAAUGAGUGCAGCUUAUAGGUAAAAUAGAUAAGGUUAUAACGAUGAAACUCAUGAAAUAGGUGAUGAUAUAUAUGAAGAUGAAGAGAGUAGUGAUGGAAUGGAAUGA